ACAGCCUAAACACAACUCACUUUAUUACACAACUCGUUACACACACACAAACUCCCCGUUAUCUCUCUACUUAUUACACACAUCAUCCUCAUCUCCAUCUCUCUCUCUCUUUCUCGCCCACAUGGGUACGACUACGACCACUCUCUCCGAUGACCGGCCUCCGGUCCAUCUCCCUUAAAAAAUCUCUCCCUCUCAUUUCACAAACCACACGACCAAAUCAAAUUUAUUAACUAAUACACACAAAUAUAUCCGAGAUCCUUGAAGUCAAGAGCCUGCAAUGGAAGAAGAGAAAGGAGGGGCGUUAAUGAAGGAACUGAUAGAGAUGGUGAAUGAAAUAUCAGCCAUAACGGAGUUUAGAAGCACGGUUAGAAAACAAUACUGUAAUUUAGCAAGGAGAUUGAAACUAUUAACUCCAAUGUUCGAGGAGAUUCGAGAUAGUAAAGAAAUUGUUCCUCGUGAUUCGUUUCAAGCUCUGGUUUCUCUCAGAUCUGCCAUGGAAUUAGCCCUCGAAUUGCUCCUCUUUGGCAGCCAUGGCAGCAAGAUUUAUAUGGUCCUAGAAAGGGAACAAAUUAUGAGCAGAUUACAGGAAGUGACAUCUCAAUUAGAAUGUGCUUUGAGUGGCAUCUCCUUUGAAAAACUUGACAUAUCAGAUGAAAUUCAAGAACAGGUGGAGCUUGUCAUUGCUCAGUUUAGAAGGGCCAAAGGAAGAAUUGAUGCACCCGAUGUUGAGUUAUAUGAUGAUCUAUCGUGCCUUUACAAUAAGAGUAAUGAUCCUGCUGUAGAGCCAGCUAUUUUAAAGAGAUUAGUUGAUAAAUUACAGCUUACUGGAAUCGCUGACCUCACACAAGAAUCAUUAGCUUUGCAUGAGAUGGUUACCACCAGUGAUGGUGAUCCAGGGGAGAGCAUAGAGAAGAUGUCUAUGCUGCUGAAAAAAAUUAAAGAAUUUGUUCAGACAGAGAAUCCCAAAAUAGAUUCUUCUACAACAGAAAAGUCUAAUCUUUCUAGCAGUGGACAAGCAACAUCCAAUUCUACUGAAAAAGGCCCAAUCAUACCAGAAGAUUUUCGUUGUCCUAUAUCCCUGGAGCUGAUGAAAGAUCCUGUUAUUGUCUCAACAGGGCAGACGUAUGACCGUUCAUGCAUAGAGAAGUGGCUGGAGGCCGGGCAUGGUACUUGUCCCAAAACACAACAAACCCUCAGCAACUCCUCUCUCACACCCAACUAUGUCUUGCGCAGCCUAAUAGCUCAGUGGUGCGAGGCAAAUGGUAUGGAACCCCCAAAACGACCUGGUAGUGCUCGCCUAACUAAGACAACAUCAGCAUGCUCAGCUGCUGAACGUUCCAAGAUAGAAACUUUGCUUCAUAUGCUCAGAACUGGCAGUCCUGAAGAUCAACGUUCAGCUGCCAGUGAUAUUCGCCUUCUUGCCAAAAGAAACACAGAUAAUCGUGUGGCAAUUGCUGAAGCUGGUGCCAUCCCGUUACUUGUUGGUCUCUUAUCCAUACCUGAUUCCCGCACCCAAGAGCAUGCUGUUACUGCACUCCUUAACCUUUCUAUAUGCGAGGAUAAUAAAGGAAGUAUUGUAUCUUGUGGGGCAGUAUCUGGCAUAGUCAAUGUGCUUAAGAAAGGGAGUAUGGAAGCAAGGGAAAAUGCAGCGGCUACUCUGUUUAGCCUUUCUGUUGUGGAUGUAUAUAAGGUAACAAUUGGUGCAUCAGGAGCUAUCCCACCACUUGUAACACUACUAGCUGAAGGUACUCAAAGGGGAAAGAAGGAUGCUGCUACAGCACUGUUUAAUUUGUGCAUAUACCAAGGCAACAAGGGGAAAGCAGUGAGGGCUAGAGUUGUACCUACAUUGAUGGCAAUGCUCACAGAGCCCCAAGGUCGGAUGGUGGAUGAAGCGCUAGCCAUUUUAGCUAUACUGUCCAGUCACUCUGAAGGGAAGGUAGCCAUUGGAGCUGCAGAUGCAGUCCCAGUCCUGGUAGAGGUUAUUGGGAAUGGUUCCCCUAGAAACAAAGAGAACGCAGCUGCAGUUUUGGUGCAUCUCUGUUCGGGUGACCAGCAACAUUUGGUAAAGGCCCAAGAGCUUGGCCUGAUGGACUUGCUGGUCGAAUUAUCACAAACUGGCACUGAUAGGGGUAAGCGGAAGGCUGCGCAGUUGCUUGAACGUCUUAAUAGAUUCUCUGAUCAAGAAACACAAGCCCCAGCACAUGUUGAGGACCCGACACAGGCUCUAGCGCAAACCCAAUCUUAGAGCCAGCAGUUGCAACUACCAUCUUGUAGGUAAUUCGAUAACAAUUCCUUCAUCAGUUUGGCUGUGCUUCUUUGUUUGUUUAAAAGGGGUAUUACAUGGCCAUAUCUGAAGAGGUGGUGGAAGAUCAUCAUCUCACUUUUUCAUUCAAUUUACUAAUUUUUGCUGCUGGGCUGAACAACUUUGCUAUCGAAGCGAGAAAGAGAAACCAUAAAUGGAGUGGUAAAGCAUAAUCCGACUUAGAGUGUAUAUAAGUUUUAUAGCAACUGCAUUCAUCCUGGGUUUUUCGUAAAGGAGAUGCUUUCAGCUACGAAAUGUACUUGUUGCGAAUUAAGCAAGGCUCAUCGUGUCAUCUCAUGACCGAGGAUUCUUUGAUAGCUUGAGCGCAAAGGUCCAUCGGUAUUCUCACAUCCUCAUGGCUAUCCAUAUAUGUAAACAUAACGCUUUAAAAUAUUUGUAACAUACAACGAAAAGAUUGGUUCUCUUCUCUGUCAAUUCGAUCACAGUUUAUUUUAUA